UUUGAUGUUUACUUGGUAGGCCUCGCCGCCAUGGUAACUACAUGUUUUUUUAGUUUUAGCAUUUUAGGCUUUUCUUAGCUAACUGAAUCUGAUCAUGAGCACGUGAUUGUGUUGUCCUAAAUACUAUGUUCAUCAGUCCUCAUGAAAUAUUUUCAGCACAAGUGUGCUUCGCAGUAAAUAGCAUACACUUGAAGUUCCUAGAGUUUUCUUGUUGUGUAAGGAAAAUUUCAUAUUUGUGCAUUCUUCGGUAAAACAGAAUAAUCAUGUACGCCAGGCCCUAAUCACUUCAUACUUCACCUGUUCCUGCCAGGAUUGAGGCCGCAACCACUGCCUAUCAUCAACGACAGAUGACUAAACUCAGGAUUUGAAAGCCUCAUUGAAGUUUCAGUUGUGAGAAAAAUUUCUCGUUUGGUUUUUGCAUCGAACCUUGAAGUCUAUUUGGAGAAGCUCAAUCUGAUUUUGUCUGUGAGCAAAUGGGGCUUCUCAGCAUUAUUCGAAAAAUUAAAAGGAAGGAAAAAGAAAUACGUAUACUCAUGGUCGGGCUUGACAAUUCUGGUAAGACUACCAUUGUGCUGAGAAUUAAUGGAGAGGACACCAGCGUUGUCAGUCCCACACUCGGCUUCAACAUCAAGACCAUCAUUUACCAAAAGUAUACCCUCAACAUAUGGGAUGUCGGUGGCCAGAAAACAAUAAGAUCGUACUGGAGAAACUAUUUUGAGCAAACUGAUGGUCUGGUAUGGGUAGUUGACAGUUCAGAUCUUAGAAGGUUAGAAGACUGCAAAGCAGAACUCGACAAUCUUUUGAAGGAGGAGAGGCUUUCUGGAUCAUCCUUGUUGAUACUAGCAAACAAGCAGGACAUAAAAGGUGCCCUUACUCCGGAAGAAAUUGCCAAGGUUUUGAACUUGGAGGCCAUGGAUAAAACUCGGCAUUGGCAAAUUGUCGGCUGCAGUGCAUUCACCGGUGAGGGACUGCUUGAAGGAUUCGAUUGGUUGGUCCAAGACGUUGCCUCUCGGAUCUAUGUUCUUGAUUAGUGCCAAAUUUAAGUCACUGGAAGGUAAUGGAGGUCACAAUCCAUGGAUUGGCGGAAUAUGUUUUUUCGAUUUGGUUUAGCAACAGAAGAACCUGAACGGAAUCUUGAAGUGCUUCAGAAAAGAAGGUGCUCGGAAUGCAACAGCAGGACUGUUCUGUAAUGAAUGACGCGAAAACAAGCUAUGUUUACAUUUAUAUUAUGUUGACAAGAACUUUCAUAUAUAGUUAUGAACCGGAAUGACGUCUUGGCCUGUUUGGGAUUGUUUCUAACUAAGAGUGUUUAUGAGUACAAGUGUUUCCUAUGGAAUUAGUCAAUGAUACGAUGUUGUGUAGUAGUUCAAACAAGUGGUUAGUGUCGUUUAACUUAUUAACUAGUUAGCACUAGAGUGAGAGUGUUUCUUGUAAAAUUAGUGAAUGAAACGAUGUGUAUUUUAAGUCAAUGAAACGAUGUUGUGUAGUAGUUCAGCUGA